UCUCUCUCUCUCUCUCUCUCGCCACCCAUCACACCAACCUCCGCUGACGUGUGCUCCUCUCUCUCCCUCUUUGAAAAUGCAGAGCACCGCGCUCGCCGCCCUCUCCCCCCUCCGCCUCCGGUCGCCGCCGCUCCACGGCCGUCGCUCCGGUCUCGGCUUCGAUCCCGCCCGCCUCUCUCCCUCCUCCGCCUUCGCCGCCUUCGCCGCCGCCGCCUCCUCCUCCCCCGAUGACGUCCCCUCGGUGCACUGGUCCUCCGCUUCUCCUUCUCCCUCUCCUCCUCCUCCUUCCUCCUCCACCUCCUCAUCUUCUUCGAGGCUCUGGCCGUGGAGUGGCGCGCGCGGUCUCGGUUGCGACCGCCGGAGGAGCCGUUCCGAGGUCGGGGCGGCGUCGGUCCCUGAGGCCGCCGGCGACGGGGAGAAGCCGGGGGGCAUGAGGAAGACGCUGGAGCUGGGGCUGCUGUUUGGGCUCUGGUACCUCUUCAACAUCUACUUCAACAUCUAUAAUAAGCAGGUUCUAAAGGUUUACCACUACCCAGCAACCAUCACUAUGGUACAGUUUGCUGUAGGGUCUGUCCUUGUUCUGUUCAUGUGGACAUUUAAUCUCUACAAAAGGCCAAAACUCAGUCGUUCACAGCUUAUGGCAAUUGUCCCGCUGGCAGUGGUACACUUAUUGGGUAAUCUCUUCACUAACAUGAGUCUUGGAAAAGUAGCUGUUUCCUUCACUCAUACAAUCAAGGCUAUGGAGCCCUUCUUCUCGGUUGUCCUGUCUGCAAUGUUUCUCGGAGAGAUGCCAACUCUCUGGGUUGUUGGUUCCCUGCUACCAAUUGUUGGUGGAGUUGGAUUAGCAUCCAUGACUGAGGCCUCUUUUAACUGGGCGGGGUUUUGGAGUGCAAUGGCUUCAAAUCUGUCCAAUCAAUCUCGAAAUGUCCUUAGCAAAAAAGUGAUGGUCAAGAAAGAGGAAUCAGUGGACAACAUCACUCUCUUCUCAAUUAUAACAGUCAUGUCGUUUAUUCUAGUAUUCCCUGCGGCAUGUUACAUGGAAGGUUUCAAAUUUACUCCGGGCUACUUUGAAUUGGCCGCAAAGAGUGGAUUGAAUGUUAAACAAGUAUUGGUCAGGUCUUUACUGGCUGCCCUUUGCUUCCAUGCUUAUCAGCAGGUCUCCUAUAUGAUUUUACAGAGAGUAUCUCCUAUCACCCAUUCUGUUGGUAAUUGUGUGAAGCGGGUUGUAGUGAUUAUCAGUUCUGUUGUUUUCUUCCGAACGCCAGUUUCCCCCAUCAAUUCUAUAGGCACUGGCAUUGCCCUCGCCGGGGUUUUCCUUUACUCCAGAGUGAAGAGGAUUAAGCCGAAGCCAAAGACGGCAUGAAGUCAGUUUGGGAAAAACUGUUGGCUUGUAGAUCUGGAAUUUAGAUCAGGUUUAUCUUGCCACAGCAAUCAAUUUGCUUGUAGGUCUGGCAGAAUUUGCUAUUUGCUUCUACUUUGCACGAGGUUUAUUCUUUUGCAAAACUAAAUAAUUGUACCCCGAUUGGUCGGCAAUGGCAAAGCACCUUGAGUUCUC